AUGGAAGAAAAGAAGCUUGGUGUGGAAGAGAAAACGCUUGAUGUGGCGGAAGAAAAGAAACAUGAGCAGGAUAAUGAAAAGCAACAACAGAUUAAACUCGAGGUGAUGGAUCGAGAUGAGCCAUUAUUGCCUCGUGAAGAUGGUGAUAAAAUUGAGACGCACCAAUUUACAUGGCGAUCAUGUAUCAUUGGAUCCCUUCUUGGUUGCUUUGUUGCGGCUUCGAACACUUACCUUGGUCUCAAAGUGGGUUUUACCUUUGGUGCUGGUAUCUUUGGUGCUAUCUUUUCAUUUGCUAUUAUUCGUCCAUUGUCAACUCGUUUACCUGAAGCCUUGGGUGGUGGUUACUUUGGUCCCAAAGAAAAUGUCACGGCCCAAUCUGCUGCAACCACAGCUGGUGGUUUAUUCAGUGGCUUUAUUUCAGCUAUCCCGGCUCUCUACAAGCUUGGUUUGAUGACAACCCCACGACAAGACAUUGUUGCUUUAACGUUGUUCACCAUCUCGGCUGCAUUCUAUGGUCUAUUCUUUGCUAUACCGCUACGUCGUCAUUUUGUUGUCAAGCAGGACUUGACAUUCCCAACACCUCGUGCAGCAGCAACAACGAUCAUUUCCUUGCAUCGCUCUACCGACGGUGAGAAAAGUGGGUUCAAGAAAGCAAAGUGGAUGGCAAUCUGGUUCGUGAUUUCGUUUACGUGGGGCAUUAUUGCGUACUUUGUACCUUUCUUUGAUACAUUGCACAUUCUUUGGUGGAUCGGACAUGCGGCAGGAUACGGCAACAUGAUGGCGGCUGAUGCAACAUGGCUGUGGGUCCUCAAAUUUGAUUUCCCAUUUUAUGGUGCAGGGCUCAUGACUCCUGGAACAGUGGUGUUGCCGUUUUUGAUUGCGACUAUUAUUGUAUAUGGCAUCAUUGGACCAUACCUUGUAUCAAGCGGCUUCUUUGUCAAGGCAUAUGGGUUUGUGGAUAAUGGCGACACAGCACGUUCCUUCUUUUUGUGGCCUGGCAUUGCAAUGCUUGUGCUUGCAUCAUUUUCGGAACUAUUCGUGCGAUAUGAUAGUCUCUAUCGUGGUUUGCGUGGUGGUGUUUUGGAGCUUUUCAGCUUUCUCAAACGUGGCGUGAUGCAUGUGUAUCGAUUUAUCCGUGGACGACCUACCGAAUACUCGUUGCGACGACCCAAUUUGCACGAUGAUGAAAUCUAUGGCAUUGAUGAACUUGUGCCAGCUUGGUGGUGGAUGACAGGAUUGGUGUUGACAGUGAUCUUUACAUGCGCCAUCAUGGGUGAAUACUUUGGCAUGCCUGUAUACCAAACAAUUGUAUCGGUCAUUUUGGCAUUCAUAAUGUCCUUUGUUGGUAUUCAAGCUGCUGGCGAGACCGAUAUCAAUCCUACUGGAAGUUGUGCAAAGAUGUCUCAGCUCAUCUUUGCUGGUAUGCCUGGACCUGAUAUUUCCACGAUUCAAAAGAACAACCUCAUGGCCGGUAAUAUCACUGCCUCUGCUGCCUCACAAUCCGUUGACAUGGUUGGUGAUCUCAAGGCUGGUCAAAUUGUUGGCGCAUCUCCUCGAUCUCAAUUCCUUGCACAAGUUGUUGGCUCGUUUUUUGCUAUCGGUAUUGCACUUGGCUUGUUUAUUCUUUUCACAGAUGCUUAUCCUUGCAUUGUUGAUAUGGAUGUCAAUGCCGAAUGUGAAUUUGCUCUUAGUGGUGUAUGGGCUUGGAUGAGUGUCACACAGCUGGUUACUGGUGGUGCUUCUCUUUCCAAGACAUGCAUCAUUGUCACUUGUGCAUUGGCGGUUGUUGGUGUACUAGGCCCUGUUGUACGUGAUUUUGCUUGGCCCAAACGCUGGCGUAAGUACUUCCCAUCAUUCGCUGUCGUUGGUCUUGCUAUGGUUAAUUCAACACCCAAUGUUCCACUAUCCAUGUUUAUUGGCUGGUCUUCGGGUAAGAUUUGGAAGCGCUUCUUUCCAGAGCAUUACACAGACUACAUGUAUGCGGUCGCAGCAGGUUUGGUUGCUGGUCAAGGUGUUUCGGCUAUUCUCAAAGCGGUUUUCCAUUUGGCUAACGUCGAGGGUAAUGUCAUUGCUGUCACAUGCAUUGAUCAACUUUACGAAAACUGCCCCUGA